AUGGCUCCGCUCCACAACAGCCUUGUAUCAAGGGACGCGUUCAAAGCAGCACAUCAAAGAGACUACCAACGUCGUCUGCUCAGGCCCCAGCAUCGUUCCCUCAAUCGUCUUAUCCGUUCCCAUGCCAAACAGCUGGUUGAAUCCGGACAAGUCGACAUUUUUCCCGACUGCAAGCACGACCACGGAGCUUUCGACAAGGCCAGCAUACGAAACCACAUCGAGCAGGAUCUCCGCAGCGUGCACCACAACCUGGCCAAGGCAGAAAACAAUCAUAAUCGUCCGCGCAGGCCCGAUCGCCAGGAAGACGGUACCGAUCUCGCAUACAGCGACAUCGAGCUCCCCUCGGAUAGAUGCCGCCUCGUUCGGCAACCGACCUUGGAAAGAGAAGACGCUUUCCACGACGCAUCGACCGUCAAGGGCAAGAUACACAUUCGCCGCCGCCUAGAAUCCGGCAAUGACGACGAACAGGUUGCCCACCUCUACCAGGUGGGACUGCUCUACGACGACGAGCAGGACAGUGCAAGCGACAGCUUCAACCUAAACAGCAUCCAGCACGCUGAGCCGCUCUUCCCCAUCCGCCCCGCCAGGCGGGCGCAAAAGCAUAGAGCCGGCAAGGGCGGCGUCAACCAACCCUUGCAUCUUGACCUGUCCUUCUCGGACCUGGGCGACGACGAGGCUCUUGCCCAGUAUUUCAUGGCCGCUGCUCGUCCGGACUCCGAGAAUGGCCAAGACGAGACUGUUCAGCAUCGCGGGUCGGCUGGGCUGCACACUCCCCUGCGCGUCAUUUACGAGCUCAUUAGCUCUCAGCCUUCGUUUGACGUGGAUGCUUGUCAACCGCCUGAUUUGGUCACCGAUGUGCUUUCUGACUAUGACUGUUUUUCGGAUUCCGAGCUAGACGACACCCCUUCCCAACGGGAGGUGCAAGAACAUGCAAACAACGCGCCCGCCGAUGCCUGGGUCAUACUGGGGGACGACUCGUAG